AUGGAGAAGGCCGGCUCCCUGCACGCCUCGGUGCCCACGCCGCCGCCGCGCCUCUACCUCCCGCGGAACUUCAGCUGCAGCGCCUGCCUCUACGGCAGCCUGGCCGAGCAAUGCAAGGGCGGCUGCAGCCCCGAGAUCGAGGCGGUGGAGGCGCUACCCGCGCCCCCCUCGCCGCCCGUCACCCGCGAAGCCGAGGCCGCCCGGUCGCCCCCACCGCUGCCUCUGCCGCCGCCGCCUCGCUCCCCUUCGCCGCCGCUCGCGUCGCCGCCGCCGGCCACCCGCGGCAGAGAGCCCACGCUCCCGCCCGUGCCGCCGAGCCCGACCCUCCGCCGCCGCGCAAAGUCCCUGCCCACGCCGGGCGACCGGGGGCUCCGGCCGGCUUUGCAACAGAGCCCGUCGCGGCGCAAGACGGUGCGCUUCGCCGACUCGCUGGGGCUGGAGCUGACCGCCGUGCGCCACUUCUGCCAAGCCGACGUGCCGCAGGUGCCGCCGCCGCCGCCCGCUCCGCUGGCCGCCUCGCCUCUCCCGCGCGGCGCGGAUCUGCUCAAGACGCGCAAACCGCCGGCCCUGGGCGAGCUGGAGCCGGUGCUGUUCGGGCCGCCGGCGCCCGUGCUGGAGCCCCUCUUCCCGCCGCAGCCCGGCGCCGGUGCGGGCUUCGCGGAGCGCGUGAGGCAGCACAAAGUCAAGCUGGAGUGGGUGCGCCCCGAGGCGGCCGGGCUGCGCGGCGCCGUGCGCGUCCUCAACCUGGCUUACGAGAAGAGCGUCUCGGUGCGCUACACGCUCAACCGCUGGGCCAGCUGCAACGAGGUGCCCGCCGCUUACCUGCCGCCGCCCGCCGCCGCCCACGACGCCCAGACCGACCGCUUCGCCUUCCACCUGCCAGUGGGCGCCGGUACCACGCUGCUCGAGUUCGCCGUCCGCUACCGCGUGGCCGACACCGAGUAUUGGGACAACAACGACGGCCACAACUACAAACUGCGUGGUAGGCAGCGGCCCGGCGGCCAGGAACCCGACGGCGGCGGCGCUUGGAUCCACUUCAUCUGAACCGGCCUUGGCUCCGGUUUCUCCGGGACUCCCCCGGCGGGAAAGCGGCCGCCUUCCUUCCUUCCUUCCUUCCUUCCUUCGACUGGGAAAGGGCAGGAGCACCCCUUGGAGAUGGGACGGGGAGGAGGAUCGAGGGGAGCCCACCCACCCCUAUUUUUAUUUAAGUGCUAAAGUGGGAAAUCGCCCUUCGGAUGGCAACUGUGCAGAAGAAUGGUUCGCCCGAGGGGCUUGACGUGGGCAGCUCCCUAUGUCUCCUUGUCCGGGCUUGGAAACUAAUCGGUGCUUGAUCUGGUUAGAGCUUGAACGGGAGACCACUGAGAAAUCCCACCAACUAGACUAGUCGAGUAUAUUGUACAUCAAGGCAAUUCAAGUCAUUGAGUCAAGCUUGAUUCCAAGAUGACGUCUUUACUUCCCUUGUUGGGGGUGCAUUUUUUCCAAGAGGUCAGGAAAGGCUGGGAUUAUUUCUUUGUACUUGCCCCAUAAUUAACCUGCCCGAAACCUCUUCUUUUUGCCAGCUCAUAGACCUGCCAUUCCAGAGUAAAUCCCAUUAAAUGUCUGACUUCUUGCAAUGCCUAAUCUGUACUAUUUAGAAUUGCUGGAGGAAGCCAAAACAGCUAGUGCUGUCUCUUUGGAAGAAAACAAAAUUCCUCCAUCAUGGAAACAGUUAGAAUGAAGACAAGCCUUUCUGCAUCCUCCCACACAGGUCACUUUUCUACUGGGGUGGGGGAGGAUUUCAAGAAGGGAGAUGGUCCCACUGCAUAAGCCUUUUUCUGCAUCCGAGAUGGUCCAGGCAUAAGUUGCCCAGGUGAUUCGAAAUGCAAGUUUCUGGCAAAAGUUACCCCAUUGGUUUAUCCUUAAAUGAAACAAUCUUCUAAAUAAAAAAAAUCAGGGACGACCAUAUCUGGGGAAGGAAGAGAGUCAUAAAGUGCCUCCCUCAGAUUGGCUGGACGCUGGUGAGGUCACCACCCAUUUUCACUUCCUCCCUAAAAACAGCUUUUUCAGCCUCCGGACAAAUCUACUGUACCUUCUUUCCCCCUCCCCCCUCAAAAAAAAAAAGGGAACAAAUGAAAGUUUGUUUAGCUGAACCAUGCAGAGGCAACACACAUCCUUCCUCAGUUGUGCUCCUCAGAGCUGUUGGACUUCACAUAAUUCAAGGGCAUCCAGGCGUCCUUGGAGAGUCCAACAUCUGGCACUUCUGAAGAACUCCGGAAUGAGGAAGAUGGAUGGGACAGAUAUUUUUUUUUUAAAUGCGGCCAGCAAUGGAAAAAAGAAGUGGGGGGGGAUCGUAAAAAGCCCUGGAUGGGAACUGCUUGGGAAAGCAUCCCAAAGGUUGAGAAAAGGGCAAAAAAGUUUUCCCGUUUUGCAUGCCUGCCUGCCUGCUCUUUCUUGCGACAUUUGUCUAACCAUGUAGAUGAUCUCAACUAACCAUUCCAAAGCUGUAUUGGGAGCAGUCUUAUCCGUGUCUGAUUGUGCUCCGGUUUGACGGAUCUCGGGCUUGUACUUCUGUUCCAUCAAAAGGCUCUCUGCACCUUCGUGCCUGAAAGGUUAUCACUGAGAUUUUUCAACAUCUGGGAACCUCUGACUUUAUUCAAAAUUCCCACAGCCUUCCUUCACUCUCUUUCUCUCUCUUUCUCUCAAGCUGGUCUGGACCAUAAGACCUUUGUCUAGCGUUCUCACGGGUAUAUUUUUCUCUGCCAAUUCUUCCCUUGCUGUCGCUGAGUUGUGAUGCUCCCAAUUUAUACUCAUGUCGCCAGAGGUUUAUUUUUGAAAAGUGUGUGUUUCCCGAGUUAAAUACAGAUGGUCUAUAUUUUAUAUUUUGAGAGUUAUAAUUGGGGGAAGGGGAGGGGAGGAAGAGAAGCUGCUUUAGGCUUCCUUCAGAGAAGGAACUAAUAGUUGAAUGCAACACAUUCAGAAACAUGUGUUGUAAUGACUGGAAAGCAUUACCAGUCUGGUGGUAUUGUUUCUUAUGGUAUCCGUUUCCUCUUUUUUUUUUCCCCCUUCCUUGAUUGUUACAAAACCUGAAGAUCUUAGGCCAAGUUGUAAGGGAGUGAAAAUGAGUUAAUACUGUUGUUGAGGUGGUGUCUGGAGCAGACUUGGAAAAAUCUAACUUCCGUUCCUGAGCAUUUCUAGGUAUAACAACCAAUCUUUCAGUCAUCAGUACAUUUUUUUGGUUUUAAGGAGUUGAAAAAUUACAGCAAAGAAGUUGGGUUGCCAAGCAACUGGAAGUAAGGUAAUUCUGUUUGAUAAAUCUUCUAGAUUGGGGAAAAUGUGGAAUAUCAGAAGAGAUGUUACCAUACACCAGAAUGUCAGCCCUUGAAUGUCAGACCAUGUCAAGAAAUAAAUACUGCAGACAUACAGGAAAGGUUAAAGUUAUUGUUGCAGGGCAGAAAAACACAAUCUUGAAAGCCUAAAUCAUUUUUUAUUUACCCUGUCUUAUACUGAAGAAAAUCAAGGAAGAGUUACCAUAAUGGGACAGAGCCCUCUUAUCUGAAUCUCCCACCUUAACGGGUUGCUCAUUCUGAAGCCCAGUUUUACAAUCCUUCACCCAGAGCUAAAUCUGCUUUUCUGGCUCUUCCCGCAUCACAUUCCAUGGAUGUUUGUUCCAAAUUAAAUGCUCUUGCAGAACAAAUGCGGAGACAUAAGAGUGCAUAGGAUUGUAGCCUUUGGUUUCCAUAACCAACCCUGUUCCAAACAGAAGAUAAGCCUAUUCAAACCAGAGGUCUACCUUUCUUUUCCCUGCUAUGUUCAGGUGGCGGCUGACAACCACCUGAUCAGGGAUGUUUGAAUACUCGGACUACGGUAGCAGGAAAUUAGAGGCCUUUGUGGCACCUUCCUGCUGUCGGAUUCUGUUUUAUUUUAUAUCUGGUCAUCUAGUUGGACACAUGGCUCAGUCAGAAGGGCAAGACAGUAUAUUAGCCACGUAUUUGUGCAUGACCCCAGUCUCUUCCUGGACAAAAUAUGCAUUAGCCAUAACUAAUAAGUCUGUGCAAAGUGUUUGGAGGGGCUUCGGCCAUCCAAAAGCUGCUGGUUGGAGCAUCAAGGUGCCCACAUCCCUCAAAAGCUCAGCCACUUGAGGUCUCACCUUGAAUUUCUGAGCACAUACCUAUGCCGCUGAGAUCUUUAGUGGCCAUGCCAGUAUAAGCAUCUUCAACAACGGAGAGAGAUGCUUUGGUUGCCCUGCAACCUUCUCCACUCCCCCGCUCCCCCAAAUACAAUGCACAGGCCAUUGACUAGUAGUCACUGAUAGCCUUAUUCACGUUGAAUUUUUAAUCUUUUUAAACUGAAUGAAUCAGGUUCUAGCAUUGGAAACGUGGGAAAGUGAAGAUACUUUUUCUUAUUUGCUGUCUCUUCAAUCAAGCAUAUUUUAAGGUGGGAGGGUUGGACAUGAAUAGCUAAAGAAGCUGUGCGGGAUCUAAUGUCUCACUUAGAUUCUCGAUGCUGGAACCUAAGGAACUGAAUAUUCGAAACAUAUUCUUUUUUGCAGCCUUCCCUGCAGGAUUUGUACAUAGGAAGUCCCUUUGAGGCUUAAAUUUUUCACUCUGUGAAUACAUCGCUGUUUUUCUUCGGCAAUAUGCACAUUGGCACUCUUUGUGGGCAUUCUGGGUUUUUGUUUUUGUUUUGCAAAUGUGUCUGCAUAAUUUGACUGCUGUUAUUUAUUACGACUGCAGAAUCUGUGCCCUGUAAAACACCAUUUAAUUAUGUGGGAAAGGUGCACAAGCACAUAAAUCAGAGAAAUACGGACAUUUGGAUGUUAGGAGGGAAAAAUAUGGAAUUAGAAUUUCUAAUUGGUUUCCUAUCGGAUGCCAAGCAGAAAUCUUUUUGUUUUAAAUUCUUGAUAGUGGAGGAACACUGAGAAAGAAGGAUGACUUUUGCUAUCUCUUUUGAAUAGAAAUUUAGUAAAGAUAUCAUGCAGAUUGUUUAGCAUAACAAAGUCCCGUGUCAUCAGGAGAUGUGAUUAAAUUGAAUCCCAAAGGCUCAAGUUAAGUGCCCUUUUCAUCUUGUGAAUUAUAAACCAAAAUGAAUAAGGAAAAAAAUCCUAGCCUUGUUGAAGUUGUCUGUCUUGUUCAGUGGAUUUCUGUUUCACUGGCUAAAUCGGGGGUCAAACUCGAUUUCAUUGAGGGCCGCAUCAGAGUUGUGUUUGACCUCGUGGAGGCCGGGAGGGGCGUGGCCAGCUUGACAUCACUCGUGGGGGGGUGCGACCCCUGUGGUGGCCUGAGAACUCUGCCAGUGAAAACGGGCUGCUCUGUUUUCGGCUGUGACAGCCUCCUGCAACCUUCUGCCAGCGAAAAUGGAGCUUGGGAGGGCCAUGUGCGGCUCUCCUGAGCUCUGUUUUCACUGGCAGAGGCACCGCGGACCGGUCCUUUGCUGUUUCCAGGGUGGCCCCACAGGCCAGAUCUAAGCACCCCAUGGGCCAAAUCCAGCCCGUGGGCCUUGAGUUCGACACCCCUGGGCUAAUACUUCUCUUUUAGAAAACCCCUCCCUCGAGUGAAAAACCAAAGAGAUAAGAGCACGAAGCAUCAAUGCCCUUAUUUUGAAUUGUUGGUGAUGUCCAAGAACCCCUUCAUUCAAAAGUCUUAGAGAAAACUUUCAGUUAAUUGUAUCCAAGAGGUUUUUUGUUUUGUUUUGUUUUUGAUAAAGAAAUCCAAUAAUUGUUGCAGUGGCUUAUAGCUUAAAUACAAAAAAAAGAGCAGCAUAGUUUAGCACAAGCUUCUGAUAGCUGCCAACCAUUCUGCAAUUUAUCUUCGUCACCAUUUAGGCUGCCAUCUUCUAGCUUUGCUGGCUGGGGAAUUCUGGAAGUUGAAGUCCGCCAGGCUUAAAGUUGUGAAGGUUGGAGACCCCUGCUCUAGCCUGUUCCUAAUGGCAUAAUCACAAACUGGCAAACCACACUACAUGGCUUGUCAAGCAUAACUAAUGUCUGCCUUAAGGGAAGGUGUCUGCACCUGAGCUACAAGUUUUGUUCUUGUCUAAUUGUUGCGUGGACGUUGACAACUUAUUCAGCUGUAAGCUAUUUGGACUACUGCCCAUUCUAUUCGGGACCAGCUUAUAUUUAGAUAGGGAAGGUGUUUAUUUUUCUAUAACAGAGUUUUAAUAAUUAUCAGCUAUCAGCUCUGAAAGACAACAUGUAUAUAGGUACAAUGAUGUAUAUAGACUUACCUUCAUAUA